AUGAACGCUGCUUCCGUCGCGUGCGGGUCCGCCGUCCGCGGCCCUGCAGUUCAGGCCGUCUCCCAGCGCGCCACGCCCGGAGUUCCCGCGCCCCGUGCGCCAGCCCUCCGCCCCCAUCUCUCCCUCUCCAAGGAUGCUAGAGCGCAGGUCCGCGUGGCGUCCCAGGCGCAGGCGGCCGUCUCGAACUUCUUCGAGAGCAAGGAGGACAUCAAGGCGGCCCUCCUGGACUCCCUCUUCGGCACCGACCGCGGCCUGAACGCCAAGUCCGAGGUCCGCGCGGAGAUCAGCGAGCUCAUCUCGCAGCUCGAGGGCAAGAACCCGACGCCCUCCCCCACGGAGGAGCUCACCAAGCUCGACGGGACCUGGCGCCUGGCGUACACGACGUCCCCGCAGCUCCUCGCGCUGCUCGCGCUCGGCCAGCUCCCGGGCGUGGAGAUCGGCGACGUCACGCAGAAGAUCGACUCCUCCGCGGGGCGCGUGCAGAACAAGGUGGACAUCUCGGCGCCCUUCUCGAGGACCGCGCUCUCGACGUCGGCCGCGUUCGAGAUCCGGUCGCCCAAGCGGCUCAACGUGAAGUUCGACAAGGGCACGAUCCAGACCCCGGAGCUGCUCGCGAACAUCGAGAUCCCCGCCUCGCUCGACAUCCUGGGCAACCGCGUGGACCUGUCGCAGUUCUCGUCCGUCACGCAGCCCGUGGAGGGCCUCCUCCGCAACGCGCUCUCCACGGCCAACGGCCUCGUCCGCAACCUCCCGGGGCAGACCGACAUCCCGAUCGACUCGGCGCGCGCCACCACGUGGCUCGUCACCACCUACCUCGACGACGACACCCGGGUCUCGCGCGGCGACGGCGGCGCGGUCUUCAUCCUGACCAAGGAGGAGGAGUACGAGGAGUUCACGCCCGAGGUGGCCGGGUUCUCGGACACCGACGAGCCGACGCCGUCGCCCGAGGUCGCGGCCAACCCCGCUACGGCCACCGCGCCCACGGGGACGACGGUGGUGGCGGAGGUCGACGUCGACAGCGACGAGGAGCCGGAGGCCAAGUAA